AUGGAUCAUUUCCCUACGAACUGGGGUCGCCCGCGAAACGACGCUUUCGAUGCGUACGGAACGUACCCGAUUGCUCAAAGACCAUAUAAUGGACCGACAACCGAUGCAUUUUCAGAAGGAAUUCAGCACACACAACAGCCCAUUGUCACGGGUACCAGUGUUCUUGCUAUCAAGUAUAAGGAUGGUAUCAUGAUGUCUGCCGACAAUUUGGCUUCUUAUGGCUCCCUUGCUCGAUUCAAGGACAUCCAACGUCUACAUCCUGUUGGCACCAACACUGUGAUCGGUGCAGGUGGAGACAUGUCCGACUUUCAGUAUAUCCAAGGUUUGCUCGACGAACUUAUGGUUGAAGAAUUCACACAGCAAGAUGGGCAUUCGCUUGGUCCGAGUGAGAUUCACGAGUACCUUUCGCAUGUGAUGUAUUCGCGGAGGUCAAAGAUGAAUCCGUUAUGGAACUCGUUGAUUGUUGGAGGAUUCAAGGAUGGCAAGAGAUUCCUAUCGUAUGUUGAUCUCCUUGGCACUACUUACUCUGCAUCGACGCUGGCCACCGGCUAUGGGUCAUACAUUGCCCAGCCUCUUCUCCGUAAGGCUGUAGAGGGCAACGAAGACGUGAUUACGGAGGAUGAAGCUGUUAGAAUUCUUGAACAAAGCAUGAAGGUUCUGUUCUACCGUGACGCGCGUAGUUUGAACAAGUAUCAAAUAGCGAAGAUUACUGCAGAUGGAGUUUCCGUUUCAGAGUCUCGCAGUGCCGACACUCACUGGUCAUUUGCAGAGGGUAUCAGAGGCUAUGGUGCCCAAACACAGUAA